CGAUAAUCCAAUCCGUCCACUCAAUCCCUAAAAAAAUCGAGUUUUAUCAGUAGGCUACAAAAACUGGAUGCAUUUAAACAGCGCGUGGCAGCUAAAUGAAACAUAUCGUUGAUGAGCGGCACGGAAAACAAUAGAGAACGUGAACCCAGCACGUUAAAAUUGUUAUUUUUUGUUCUGUGGUUUAUUAACACCUGCAAAUCCCCAAACAAUGUUUUCCACAAGAGAAAAUCGAUGCCGCCGCUUCCAGGCCAACAUCUUUAACAAAAGUAAAUGUAAAAACUGCUUCAAAACCGUGGAUUCGCACAAACUCAGCGAGGCAGACCUACAUCAGAGCAUGCCUGUUCAGGUGGGCUGGCUUCUUUUGGCCCCUGAGGGCACUGACUUCAGCAAUCCGGGCAACAGGAAACGGAAAUGGCAGAGGAGAUAUUUUGUGUUGUAUGAGCACGGGCUUCUACGCUACUCUUUGGAUGAGAUGGCAGGUACGUUGGCCCAAGGAAGUGUAAAUAUGACUCAGUGUUGUGAGGUUCACGAUGCUUCAUCUCAAACCGGAUUCCAGAACUGUUUGAGGUUGUGCUUCACGGAACGAGACUUCUACAUUAAAACAGAAAACACAGUCAGCAUCAGCAGGUGGCAGGAAAAUCUGGUCGUUUACCCCAAAGCUGCUAAAUCAAAUCAAAGGAAAAAGAGGAAAGAUAUUGAUCUUCUACAGCAGACAGACGAACUACAAACCUCCAGCAGCAGUACUGUUAGAAGUAGCAGCAGCAGUGGUAGUAGUUUUAACAGCAGUAUUAUCAGAAGAGGAAGUCUUAAUUCUAGCAAUAUCAGUGGUGGCAGAGCGUCCCAGGCCGUAAGCGAUGCAUUAAGCACCAGUAAGGGCAGCACAGUUAGUGGUUGCAGGGUCAAGGGCAGCGGUACAAUAGGGACCGGUGAAAAAGGCCGAGCAGGCAGCCUGGUGAGCGCGGUGGAGGGGGUCUCUUUGAUUUCUUCAGUAAAGAAGCUGGAGGAGGAGUCACCCAAUGGUGAAGUCACAGUCUCGUCCAGCAGUGAUGCUUCAUCACUCGACAGCGUGCUGGGAUCAUCACUCUCUCCAUCACUCGAUCAGUUCUCAGGCUGCUCCGGCACAGACGGCACUAAGAAUCGUCUAGGAAUUGAAAGUGGCUAUUCCUCUCUGGAGAAGACUAGUCCUCUAGUUGGUGAUAAACAAUCACACACUGACUCCAGGUGUGACUUUGCCUCUGUCUGUUCACCUGCCUCACAGCCCUUUAUGUUUCCUACCUCCAAAUCUUCUUGCUCCUCUGCCUUUCCUUUACCAACUAGUACACAGUUUAGUGGUGAUCCUGAGGAUGUGGUUUGUAGCUCCUGGGAUAGAAAGGGUUUGGAGUCCAUUGAAGAGAGACACUCAUCCAUGACACACACAUCAAGAACACACACAUUCAGGCAUAAUGAACAUCAAGCACGCAGCUCGGGAAGAAAAGCACAUCGGCUGUUUGGAAAUCAACACAGAAGAUCUCAGGUCUCUGAGCAGCAGGAGAAUUCAUGUCUCACUCUGGAUGCUGAGCCCUCAACCUCCACUGAACAAAAUGACAAGACAGCUGUCAGUACACCUCAGGUUUUGUCUCCAAAUUAUGACAUUCCUGAUCUACCUCGACCUUCCACCUCAUGCAGUUUUCGCUCCAAAUCACUGGAACGGAGACUUGAUCACACCCCCACUCCUGACCUCCUCAAUUUCAAGAAGGGAUGGAUGUCUAGACUGGGAGAAGAUGGAAAGUGGCGGAAACAUUGGUUCGUUCUUACUGACCAAACAUUGCGCUUUUACCAUGACUCUGUAGCCGAAGAGGCAGCAGAUGUGGAUGGUGAGAUCAACCUGUCAACCUGUUAUGAUGUUACAGAUUACCCUGUACAGAGAAACUAUGGGUUUCAGAUUCACACAAAAGAUGGGGUCUUCACACUUUGUGCCAUGACUUAUGGGAUACGGCGGAACUGGGUCCAGGCUGUUAUGAAAAAUAUUCGACCCACCGUUGCCCCUGAUGUCACAUGGAAACAAUCCACUGUAAAAUCCAGUUCUGUUCCUCAAAAGGCGAUUGGUGCGCAUACUCAUACAGGCUCCUCCUCUCAAUACAAUACGCUUCCCCAGGAGGAGGAUAAAAAGAGUCGCAUCAGUGAUCGUCGUAAAGAGGGUCGUUACAAAACCUUCGACUGGGCAGAAUUGAGUUGUAAACAGAACAAAGAGGAGUUGUCCAGUGACCUGUCAAGAAGGGAAUGGAACCAUAAUUGUGAGCACCGGGUCCCACCUGCACCUGCAUCAUCCCCUGAAGGGCCAGUUGUAUGUUUUCAAUCUGAGGCUUUAGAGAAGGAAUGUCCUCAGAAGACAAGACUUUAUCAAAGGCUAAACAACAUGUCCACUAAUGUACCAUCACACUCAACGAUGGUAGUGUCCAAUCAUACCUCCCCAGGAUCAAUAAGCCCGGACAGCUUGGAGGUUGAUGCAGCUUCGGUACGUGUUUACUGUGACAGCCCUGGGGAUCGGCUGGUGAAUAGACCUAAAAAGGAAAAGAAGUUACAGGUUGAUCGGCCCACUUCUCCUAUGCUAGUCAACUUCUCUUCAUCCUCAGUCCAGACAGAAUGGCAGUGGGAGUUGGAGCUUCAGAGCCUUCGUAGAGAGCUGAAAGCUGAGCACGAAAGGAGUCAAACAAAACAGAGUGAGUCUAAACUUUGUGAGUCCAGACUCCAAGCCGAGCUCAACAAUACCCAAGACUGCCUUCGAAAGGCAGAAUUAAGAAUUCAAGAGGCAGAAACUCUACUGAAGGAGCGCGAGGAGGUGCUGGAAGAUCUGCAGGGAAGAUUGGAGGAGGUAACGGGCUGUCUCAAGACAACAGAGGAGGCACAAGCCCUGAAAGAGGUUCAGCUGCAGAGGCACCUGCGUCUUCUGCAAGAGAGCCAGGAAAGGGAAAGGAGGAGCUUCAGUGACAGCCUUGACCAAUCAGAGCAGCGUUUAAAGGAAUUAGAGGAGCACCUGAGGCUGAAAGAAGCUGAGCUGCGUAAAAGGCCAACAGGCGAAGUAACUGAUGAGCUUGUACAAAGGUGCCAGGAGCUGCAAAACCAGCUUGAAGAGUCUGACGGUGAGGUCGGACGCCUGCAGGGACGCCUUCACACUGAAGAGACUCUUUAUUACGACAUGGAACACGAUUAUGAACGAGCUUGCGAAGAGAUACAGGGCUUGCGAGGUGCCCUGCAGGACUGUGAGAGAGUUUGCGAGGAGCGUUUCCAAACCCAGCUGGAGCGCAAACAACAGGAGCUAGACAGGAAGGAGCGAGAACUACAAGAAGUGCUUGUCAAGAUGGCUGUUCUUGGGAGUAGUCUUGAGGAGACGGAACGUAGGCUCAAGGAAGCUCAAACUAGUCCUCCAGAAGCGAAUGCUUCCUUUGACACAUUGACUGAGCCACAACGUAUGUUUAAGGUCUCAAACAUCAGGCAGAAAAUGAAAGGGAAGAAUGGCUCAGAAACACAACCCUUUACCCCAGGAGAAGAGUCUGAACGGGUGAUCUCCGUGAUCCAGGCGCUGGAGCUCAAAUUGUGAGACACUGAAGAUCGACUCCGGGAGCUUACCAUGCACCUUCAACAACAGCAACUCAACACAGGGCCACACACACUCAAUGAUUCCUGUUGUGCACACACUUCCAUCCAGAAUCUGGAUGGCCGACUCUUUGUAAAUGCUCUUCAGAGUUGUACUGGUGCUUUGAAUAGCCUGCAAGGUAAAGCUGUACUUGGUGAGAAUCCAGGAAGUAGUCAAACUCUGAACAUGACCAGCAGAGUGUUGUUGUUGGAGGCACUGGUCAUCCAAAGGAUGGCCUCUGCGCUUGAGCAUCCCAGCACUGAGCUCCUUAGUAGACUGUCAGAUCUACGUGUCCAUGUCCUUAGGAUGUCUCAAGGAGGGAGUGAUUGUGGGGCUGUGGAAUCUAGUUACUCCCAGAUCUUCCUGUACCCUCAAGAACAAGAUCACACAAACAGUUCAUUGAAUGAAAAUGAGAUCCAAAGAUUAUGUGUGAGAGCAGAAAUGGCAUACCUCAUACACACACUCCAUAUGCAUUCAUCACAGGAGCAGCAGGGUUCUGGGCCAUUUAACGUGUUGCCUUGGCCAGUUUUGGAUAGUUCUCCAUCUAGCUCCAAAAAGGAAAAUGAGCACAAGCAGGGAUCCAAGCUUGCUGAUAUUAGCCCACCGGAGCUUGCCCCCUACAGUGAGCAGAUGGAAGAACUUGCAGCCAAUCUUCUCCUUGAGGACUCCGAAAUACAGCUGGCCUGCAGAAAGAACCUAGCGACAGAGCUUCGUGCUCAGGCCCAAUCACUGCAGGACCUCUCUACACAUCUACAGUCCAAUCUUAAAGAAACUGACAUGACCUGUGAACUUCCUGCAAGUGUCUUGAAGGUUGCUAUGUGUCAGGCCGCUCUGGCGUACAUGGCUUGUAGACUACGUUCGGCCAUGCAGCAGGAGAUGAGCGCUCUACGCAAACAACGAGAGCAGGCGGAGUACGAGGCUCGUGCGGUGUGUCGCAGCAUGGAGGUUCUGCUCCAGGAACAGACUGAACUCUACGAGGAGAAGUUACAUGAGGGGCGUGUUGUUGUAGAGAAGGCGGAGCAGGGGCGUGUCUCUGCUGAGGUUAAUGCCCAUUUGAGGGUGGAUGAGGCAGAAAGACUGCAGGCGGAGUUUGAGGAGAAACUCCAGGAGCUCCAGAAAAUACAUGAGGAGGAGAUGAGUCGCCUCCAUAAUUACUACAUUCAGAACAUGCCAACAGCUCCACCGCUCUCCUUACAAGAAGACAAUGGAGAGUUGGAGCAAGUGUCCGUCACUGCUCUCCAAGGUAGAAUCAGAGAACUCCAGAGUGAAAUCACAUGCUUGAAGCAGGAGCUUGGCAAGCAGGAUGCCUUCCAGCUAGACCUAGAAAGUGUCAAGGCCACGUAUGAGCAUGCUUUUAGCAUUAUGGAGGAGAGCCACCAGCGGGUGAUUGAGGAGAUGCAAAGGCAACAUCAAAGAGAAGUGGAAAGACUGACCGAAGAAAGAGAGCGAGUGCUGCAGGAAGAAACUAAUGCCACUAUUGCAGCCAUUGAAGCCAUGAGGAAAGCCCAUAAGGAAGAAAUGGACAAGACUCAUAAGGCCAUGCAGAAUGGAGCCAAUGUGGACAUCCGCCAGCUUCAUGCACAAUACAAUGAGGAGCUUGAAUCACUGCAUAGAGAACUGGAGGUAUUGUCGGAGCAGUAUUCUCAGAAAUGUCUGGAGAGCACUCAUUUAAACCAAACUAUGGAGGCUGAAAGGGAGGCAUUAGGCAUCACGCAGAGAGAGAACCAGGAGCUUCGCGCUCACAACAGGGAGUUAAAUGAGUGUUUGGCUGCCGAGUUAUCUCUGAUGCAUUCACGCAUGAAUGGGGAGGUGAAGCACACUCAGUCCUCUCAGGAGAAAGACGUUUAUCAGCUGGAGGUGAAUCUGAGAGUGAAGGAAUCAGAGAUUAAAUGUUUGAAACAAGAGAUCACCUCACUUAAAUUGGAGCUACAGGCAGCAAAUAUGCAUUUUAAAGAGUUACAGUUAGAGCUGAGUGCUUUAGGAGUCAAAACUCAAAGUGACUUCACUAAAUUGAGGAUGGAGCCAGCUAGAAAGCAGAGUUUAAAAUAUGAUCUGAUGAAAUCCAGGAGUAACCCUGACUGUUCUACACUCUCGCAAGCCAUUGGAUCCAAGAGUCUUAAGGAUGGACUUACUGUUCUGGAGAGGAUGAAGCUCUUUGAAUUAACUGGCAUGCAAAAGACUUGAGUGUGUGCGUGCGUGCGUGCCUGUGUAUAUGAAAGAGAGCUGUAAUUUUAGUGUUUAAUGUGGGUUGAAUUAUUUAAAUGUAUAUAAUUAACACACUGAAUUCUAAUUAUACCUAUAGUCACAGGUGUGUGUGUGUUUGUAUGUCUCAGUCAUUUUAAUUGUUCUAGUAUGUUACUACAUUAGACCCAAAAUGUCCCAAAUAGAACAGAUUUUUGAGGUUGUCUCUCUAAAAUCUUAAACUGUUUGUUUUAUAUUUAUAUGUUUUCGCCUCAGUUUAUAACUGGGCACCAGUUUGAUUUGCUUCAUCUUUGAUUAUGAAUAAAGUCAAUCUU